AUGACCCGGCUGAUGUUGGGCAGGACCUUGGAGCGCAUCUGUAAAGGCGUCCUGCUGCUGUGCGUGCUCCACUUCCUCAUCAUGAUGAUCCUGUACUUCGACGUCUACUCGCAGCGCUUCGACCUCUUCAGCCGCUUCAACAACGGCCGCAACGGCUCCCGGAGCAACCUGAGCGGCGCCGCCGCCGGCGGUCACCACUACUACUACUACAACCUGUCCCGGCCCAACGCCACGCUGGCCAGCCUGCUGGCCACCGGCAGGCAGCUGGUGCCCAGCACCGAGCCCGACAACACCCAGGCGCCUUCCCCCAAGCCGCUGCCGCCCUGCCCCGAGAACCCGCCCGGCCUCGUGGGCCGGCUGCUGAUCGAGUUCAGCUCCCAGAUGACGAUGGAGCAAGUGCAGAAAGAAAACCCCAACGUGACGGAGGGGGGCCGCUACACGCCCCCCGACUGCCGGCCCCGAUGGAAGGUGGCCAUCAUCAUCCCGUUCCGCCACCGGGAGAACCACCUGAAGUACUGGCUCCACUACCUCCACCCGAUCCUGAGGCGGCAGAAGAUGGACUACGGCAUCUAUAUCAUCAACCAGUUGGGCGAGGAGACCUUCAACCGCGCCAAGCUGCUGAACGUGGGCUACGCCGAGGCCCUGAAGGACGGCGAGUACGACUGCUUCAUCUUCAGCGACGUGGACCUGAUCCCCAUGGACGACCGCAACCUCUACCACUGCUACGACCAGCCGCGCCACUUCGCCAUCGCCAUGGACAAGUUCGGCUUCAGACUGCCCUACGCAGGCUACUUCGGAGGCGUUUCGGGCCUCAGUAAAAAACAGUUUCUGAAGAUCAACGGCUUUCCGAACGAGUACUGGGGCUGGGGAGGCGAGGACGACGACAUUUACAACAGGAUCACUCUGAACGGGAUGAAGGUGUCCAGGCCAGACAAUCACAUCGGCCGCUACAGGAUGAUAAAGCACACGAGAGACAAACACAACGAGCCCAACCCGCAGAGGUUCCACAAAAUCAGGAACACCAAGAACACAAUGAAGACGGACGGCAUCAACUCUCUGACCUACAGACUGGUUCAGGUCAAGAAGUACCCUCUGUUCACCAACAUCUCGGUGGAGAUCGGCAAGCCGCCUCCUCGGCCCAUCAAGGGCUAGAGAGGACGGGGGGAGGAGGAGGAGGAGGAAGAGGAGGAGGAGG